ACGCGCGCACAAAUCGCUUGCAUAAUUAAAAGGUGCUAAAACUGAAGUAAAAGGAUCAGGAGAGUCGUUAACUUUUUCUACUGGAUAAGCCGCUUGUACUUACAAUCACAUCUUGAAAAUGGCUGAUCCAAGAGUGAAAAACAUCAAGAUCAAGACCGGCGUCUUAAAAAGGUUGACUAAGGAAAAAUUGAUGUAUGAAAAGGAAGUUAUCACAGAAGGAGAAAAGGUGGAAAGAUUCAAAGCAGGAGGAAAAGAUGAAUAUGAAAUCAGGAAACAGAUUGAAGUACUAGAAGAAUCUAAGAUGAUGGUCCCUGACUGCACAAGAAGAAUAAAAGCAGCCUAUGGAGACUUAAAGAACUUAUUGGACCAAGAGGAAGAAUUGAAGGAAACAGAGGAAUACAAGGUAGCUGCUGCACUCCUGAUAGAGCAUCAGGGAGCUGGUGAUCAAUGAGAAAGUGGCUUGUCCAUUUAUCACCUAUCCAAGUGAUCAUGAAUGUGUGUGUGUGUGUCUGUGUAAUUAAUUGCCCUUGAUGUGACUUUCAGAGAUAUCAAUCCUAUGCACAAGGCUCAACUUAACAGGUGCCUCUGAUGCAUGGGCACCAAAAACCAUUAUUUGCCUCACUGAGGUCAGAAGCCCAUUUGUUUUACGUAUGGACUGUAACAGAAAUUGUUAUUUAAACAAAAGUAGAUGGUCGAAAGGGACAAUUUUUAUUUGGAAUCUGCUUAUCAUGUUUUCAAAUUGAGCCGAUGUAAAUCUAAUUCCUUUGCAGCAAAUGCAAACAAAGAAAAUUGGUAUCGUAAAGGGAGACUAAAUAGGCUAAAAAUAAACACAGGACAGUCUCUCAAAUAGGAUAACAUUUCCUACACUGGCCAUGCCCCCCCCCCCCCCAUCAAAUUCAACAAUGAAUGUAUAGGACUCAAGCGUACAGACUAAGUUCAAUUUGGACCCCUUUCAACAAAAGUUAGUGUGGAGCCCUCCUGUAUGACAAGAGGAUUUAAUAACUGAAAGUAAAACUCAAUUGAAGUUUUAACAGUGAAUGGAUUUAUUGGGGAAAAAUUCUGUAUAUUUUCCCAUUCUGUGAAAAAGGAGCAGCUUUCAUUCACAGAUUUUUCCUGUUAUAAUAACGUGCAGGAGGGUACAUGUAUUUGUAAUUUGAGUGUGAAUAGUGGAAUUUUGUCAUAUAUACAUUUGGAUUAAAUAAUAUGCAUGAAUCCAGGAACGAUGACCAAGGAGUAAAUGUUUAGGUUUUUAAUGAAUUCUAAUGUCUGAGUGUAAUCUUUAACAGGAAUAUCAUUGUAGCUCUUUACACAAUUACAGCUAAGAGGUAACUUAGGCAACAUCCAUAAUUGUCUAGUUAAAUUGGCUUAUGUAUGUUAAAGUAUUUUUGUUACACAUCCACAGACUGGUAAAAUGCCUCAAGAUAUCAACUGUUUGUAAAACAUGUUGUAUAAAUAAAUAUGAAGGUCAAACAGCGAUACUCUUGAGUGUAACAUGGAGUCAAAAGUAGAACAGUUACGUACCAAACACUUUGAGCCCCAAAAGAUGUGUAUUUUCAGCUGAUUCGUAGUGUAUGAUAUUGAUUCAUACAUUUUGAUUUAUCAUCAGUUUCAAAUGUUUAUUGUGUGAGUAAAAUAUUUCUUAUUUCUUUAUGUGUUUGAUUCUUAAUUAUAUGUGUGUAAUUUCAAUGCCAUUGGGUGGUAUUCUCAUAAGUUAAGCCGGGACUAAGUCCAGACUAAACAAGAACUUUAGUUCACACUUCUAUGGAAUGCUAGGUUUUAUUUCUCUCCUUAAAUAUUCAUGACAAAGAUAAUCUACCAAAGACUUUGCUGAAAUUCAGUUCAUACUCAUAUUAUCUUUUUCUUCCCAUUUCAUUGCAAAAUUGAUUUUUUGGACACUUUUCAUUGAAGGAUUAAAAUAAUCUGUACAAGGUAAAUUAGUUUGCAACAGGCACUCCAUAAAAGUAUGAAAUAUAACUAAGUACGCGCUAACUUAGUACGCGCUACUGGAAUACCACCCAAUGUGACUAUCAUUUUUGUUUUUAUCAAUGUGUUUUUGAGUGAGUUGAAUCAUAGUAAUUUCCAAUGAUUAUAUAAAUGAUAAAAGACAAUAUACUGAGAUAUGUUACAGCAGCAAAAUUAAUAAUAUGAACUUCAAUAA